AUGUCGUUUAAUAAAUUAACUUUGGAUUCUUUAAAUUUAGAAGAUCAAAGGGUUUUAAUGAGGCGAGUAAAAGCCUCACCAGAAAAUGUAAAAAAAUUUCGAGAAAGUUUAAGUAAAUUAGGAGAUUUGUAUGUAAAUGAUGCUUUCGGUACUGCACAUCGUGCUCAUAGUUCUAUGUUGGGAGAAGGUUUUGAAAAGAGAGCAGCAGGAUUUCUGUUGAAAAAAGAACUUCAUUAUUUUGCUAAAGCUCUAGAUGAGCCUGAAAGACCUUUUCUGGCUAUACUAGGAGGAGCUAAAGUUGCUGAUAAAGUACCAUUGAUUGAAAAUCUUCUUAACAAAGUUUCUGAAUUAAUAAUCGGAGGAGGAAUGGCUUACACAUUUUUAAAAGUUUUAAAAAAUAUGAAGAUUGGAAAUUCGUUAUACGAUCCCGAGGGUGCAAAAAUUGUUGAUAAAUUAAUGAAAAUUGCCGAAGAAAAAGAUGUUAAAAUUCAUCUUCCUGUCGAUUUUAUAACUGCCGAUAAAUUCGAUGACACUGCUGAAGUUGGAAAAGCGAGGGUUCAUGAUGGUAUUCCCGAUGGUUGGAUGGGAUUGGAUAUUGGAGAAAAAUCUAGAGAGUUAUUUAAAGAGCCAAUAUCGAGAGCCAGAACAAUUGUUUGGAACGGGCCUGCGGGAGUUUUCGAAUUUAAAAAAUUUAGUCAUGGGACCAAAGCGAUUAUGGAUGCUGUUGUGGAAGCUACGUCAAAUGGUGCUAUUACCGUAGUAGGAGGAGGAGAUACAGCAACAUGUGUUGCUAAGUGGAAUACAGAAGAUAAAAUCAGUCAUAUUUCUACUGGUGGAGGAGCUAGUUUAGAACUUCUUGAAGGAAAAACUUUACCAGGAGUCGCAGCUUUAACGGAUGCUUAA